CUUAUACUAAUCGUUUGAUCAAGAUACAUAAUCUCUACAUUUGGUCCAUCCAGUAAUUUCUAACUCAUGGCCGCGUAUUACUCCUCGUUCUUCUCCUCCGGUUUGCUCAACUCGGACAGUCAUUGCCCGCGUACGCCCGAACCUACCACGCCUCGCGCGUUCGCUACCAACUUUAACGAAGAUACCACGCCUACUGCUUCUAACUUCGCGCUGCCUACUUCGCAAUCUUCGAAUGGCACCAUCCCUCCGCUUCUCGCGCAGGCCGAAGCCACCGUCGCAAGCGCUGAUCGACCGCGGAUGCGCCGCAGGCGGUCAUCAAUAGGCUUGUCUUCAUCGCCUGUUACGCCGCUGAAAGGCGCUCUGCCGUCUCGGGCUGCCCAUAUCCAACGCCAGUCAGUGCCAACGGGUGCGCUCGGCGUGGCUUCGCUAGCCCGGUCACGGUCAGGAAGCGUGACGGAAGCGAUGACCUUCGCCCGCUCCACGAUGAGCAUGACCUCGACGAGCGAAGCUUCAAAGGCCGGCAGAAUGCGCAGCGGGAGCGUUGGCAACGCGCUGAGGAACAACUCCCGCCGUCGCAAGCCUACCGCGCCGAUCCCUGCGCUUCCACCGCCGAACGCGCCUCUGCCAGCACUUCCUCAGCUGCAUCUCCCUCUGUCAUCUCUCGACCUGUCAAAUAUUCCAGGCACCGCUCGUCGCCCAGGUGCUAAGCGUGCGCAGACGACCGAUUCGAUCCCUCUCCAUGUAUAUACACCUUCCAUUCCUAUUCCCGCCAACCCUGGGCGCGUCGCCCCCUCGGACAUGGGCGGCGAAGUGUCCUCAUCGCUUUCACGGUCGCUGGCAUACAACGCCGAAGGUGCAGCGGACACGGAGGAUUACCCCGCCCCGCUCGAUACGCCAGGUGAAGUGCGAGGCGAGUACUUCGCGUAAACCUUUCGACCGCCCGCUGGGUCAGCUGCGAGCUUCAGCUGCACACUUUACUCCGCCGAUCUUUCCUUCGCCAGGCGCAUUCAUUCUGCCGACUUCCUCUCUGGCCCUUGGUGUGCGAUUACGUUUAGUGGAUCGUCACCUUCUUAAAACCGAUUGCUUUCGCUGCCACCGUCGACGGGCUCGCAGUGCCGGCAUUAUGCAUUCCACCACCAUGCUUCCUCUACCCUAUGAUCCCCCAUGACACUUGUAGCCAUUACCAUAUAUGCGCUCAUGCUGAGUCAGAUGACCAGUUCCCCGUACCAUACUCGCCUUAAUAACCUCCAGCCUCUCUGCAC